CUUACAACUCGGCUAGAUGGUCCACAGUGGGCAGGCCACUUCUAGCUCCGAGCCGCCUUCUCCGGAUGUCCCAGACAUCAAUGCUGAGCCUCCUAGACGUAGUGCUGCACUGUUAAAUUGUUAUCCUUGCCUUGCGAAUCGGAGUAAAGGUGAUGUAUGUGUACCUCAAGCCUAAUGUGCCUAGGAACCACCCCGGAAGUGUGGUCCUUACAGUAGGAUUUAAUCUCCUUAAGCCUCCCUUCGAAAGCGGCAUAUAGUGUGCAGAGCGUCACAGAAACUUGACUAUAACUAUGCAAUCACCAGACAACGAGACAGUUCCAGGACUGCCAGUUGCCCCUGCCACUGCGCGGCAAACAGGAUUGCCUAUAGCCGUCGUCGGUAUUGGCUGCCGGCUUCCCGGCAAUAUUUCCAGUCCCGCACAGCUCUGGGAUUUCUUGAGAGAAGGCCGCUCUGCUGCAGGUGAGGUACCCAAGGAUCGCUUCAACAUCUUCGGCUAUAGGGGCGGCAAGGAUGAGCCGGGCACGACUCUCCCGUUAGGCGGAUACUUUCUCCAGGAUGACAUCCGCAACUUCGACAACCGGUUCUUCGGCAUCAAUAAUCGAGAAGCAGCUGUUAUGGACCCUCAACAGAGGAGGGUGCUAGAGGUAGUAUUCGAGACCUUUGAGAGCGCCGGCGUAACCCUCGAUGAAGUAUCCGGUGCUAAUGUGGGGGUUUAUAUGGCAUCAUUCACACCAGAUUACAUCGCCAUGCAGACGAAAGACCCAGAGAACUUGACGCGGUACAGUAACCUGGGCAUGGGCGCCACUAUUCUCGGAAACCGCAUCAGUCAUGCCUUCAACCUGAAAGGGCCGAGUUGUACGGUAGACACAGCUUGCUCGUCCUCUUUCUACGCACUUCACCUUGCUUGCAACGCAUUACAGAAUGGAGAGUGUGAUUCAGCCAUCGUGGCGGGUGUCAACCUAAUUCAGUCCCCGGAGUUACAUGCGGCAGUGUCCCAGGGUGGGUUCCUAUCGCCAACAUCUUUUUGCCAUACCUUUGAUACUUCCGCUGAUGGAUACGCACGAGCAGACGGUGUAAAUUCUAUAUUCAUCAAACGACUAGAUGACGCCAUCCGCAAUCAGGAUGUUAUUCGGUCGAUCAUUCGUGGCACUGCGGUGAACAGUAAUGGCCGCACACCAGGUGUAGCACAGCCAAGCAUCGACGGCCAGGUGGCCGUCAUUUGCAAGGCAUAUGCCCGAGCUGGGCUGGAUCCCGCAGAGACAGCGUACGUGGAGUGCCAUGGCACUGGCACCCAAGUCGGCGACCCCAUGGAGGUAGAAGCCCUAUCGCGCGUCUUCCGCAAAGAGCAACGGACUUACGCAACAUUGAUUGGCUCAGUCAAGCCAAACCUCGGCCACGGUGAGGCGUCUAGCGGGUUGUCCAGUCUCAUCAAAGCUACCCUUGCCUUGGAGCAUGGGCAGAUUCCAGCGACCAUUAGCGUCAAGAAUAUUAACCCCAAGAUCAAGACUGAGGAAUGGGGCGUCGACGUCGUUACCCGCAUAACCCCUUUCCCAGUAUCCACCCGCCGUGUGCCAAGCCGCAUCAGUGUCAACUCGUUUGGUUAUGGGGGCGCGAAUGCCCACGGCAUCAUAGAGGAACCAGACCAUAGACAAAAUCAAGUCUCAAUAAGAGAUGGGGGAACAUCUGCGGAAAGUUUUAAGCAGUUUCGAUCAUCACAGCUGCCGUAUCUACUUCCCUUCUCUGCAAACUGCCCUCAAUCCCUCGAGGGCCGAGUGGAACGGCUAUCCAAAUCGGAUCUUUCGUGCGUCUCAGUCAGUGACCUUGCUUAUACCCUAGGACAGAGAAGAUCUCUGUUUGCCUGCCGUGGCUAUGUGAUUGCCCGACAAGAUACCUUGACACAAGAUAUCACAGUCGCAAACCUGCAACUUCCUACUUCCAACCUUGAGUUAGGUAGUAGAAAGAUAGCAUUCGUAUUCACCGGUCAGGGCGCCCAGUGGCAAGGCAUGGCUCGUCAGCUGUUACAUUACCCAACGUUUGCCAAUACAAUUCGACAGCUCGACGACGAACUGAGGUCUCUUUCACGCGCCCCUGAUUGGAGGAUUUAUGAUGUCCUAAUGGACGAGUCAGACAGCUGCCCCAUCGACCAGGCAGUGUUUGCACAGCCGAUCACCACCGCUGUUCAGAUUGGCUUGGUGGCGCUGCUGCGAUCUUGGUCAAUCCUUGCUGAGGGAGCAAUCGGACACUCCUCUGGUGAGAUUGGAGCCGCAUAUGUAGCUGGUCUACUAUCUGCGCGCGAGGCAAUCGUUCUUGCAUAUUACAGGGGUUACGCAGUUACAAGGCAAGCAUCAGCCGCAGGCGCCAUGGCAGCCGUUGGUCUGAGCUCGGAUAUGGCUCUGGAAAUGAUCACCAAGCUAGACCUCACCGACAGUGUUAAGAUGGCGUGUAUCAAUUCGUCAUCUAGUGUCACCAUCAGUGGCGACCGCGGGGGAGUUGAUACUCUGGUUACCGCUGUUCAGGCAAAAGGUAGUUUUGCUCGGAUACUGAAUACUGAUGGGAAAGCGUACCAUUCUCACCACAUGGUCAGCGUGGGUGAACUCUACCAAAACCUCCUCGAUGAAGCUGCUAUUUUUGCCAAAGAAAUGAUCCCUGAAACUGAAAGUUCCCCAAAAAUGUACUCGACGGCUAUCUGUAAACCCUUGGAGCGCCAAACCGCUCGCACUACGUGGUACUGGAGAUUUAACCUAGAGUCCCCUGUGAGGUUCUCCGAAGGUCUGAAGGGGCUGUCUGAGUUGAUAGAUCCCGAUUUGUGGCUCGAAAUUGGACCGCACACGGCCCUGAAACUCCCCAUCACGCAAACGCUCGGACAGUUGACACCUUACCACGGCACAUUAGAGCGAGGUCAAGAUGGAUCAGUAACACUACUCAGCUUCCUCGGAUACCUUUUCGUUCAUGGCUUCAGUCUGGACUUCACAAAGCUACUGCGCAGUUACCCCGACGGAUCUCUAGCUAGAUUCAUCUACGAUCUCCCAACUUACGCCUGGCACUAUGAGGAACCCGUCUGGAAUGAAUCAAGAACAAGCCGGGAGAGCCGGUAUCGCCAGAAUCCUAGGCACGAAUUGCUCGGGACAGAAGUGCCUGGAGGAAGCCCGGCAUCCUUUGCGUGGCGCAACCUAUUGCACCUCGGUCAUGUACCUUGGCUCCGGGACCACCGACUGGGAGAUACCGCCGUCUUCCCCGCCGCAGGAUAUAUUGCCAUGGCGGUAGAGGCACUGAUACAAAAAGCUUUGCCCUCAGGCGCGGACCUAAUUAGCAAAUGCGUCAUCCUUCGGCAAGUAGCCUUGCUAAAAGCCCUUUCUUUAAAAGAUGAGGACUGUAUUGAACUAUUUACCGAGCUUCAUCCGCUCUCGAUUUCCAACGUUCGCGAUUCGCAACACUGGUGGGAAUUCCAAAUUUUCACCGUGUUGGACCGAAAUACCUACACCCUUCACGCCAAGGGAAUGAUCCGGUUGGAUUGCAACCCCGAUGACACUUCACACGCAGCCCCAUCCCCUGAUUGCCGACUGGCUGUCCGAACUAAACAGGUUUGGUAUGACAUUAUUGCUCGAGGCGGCCUCAAGUAUGGUACGGCGUUCCAACGCAUAAAAGAGGUCUAUACUCCAGAAAGCAAAAAAAUCUUAUAUGCCGAAGCUCCAACCGAGUCAUUUGCCCCCGAAAUCCCCACCAGCGCUCAGUCGUAUCCUAGAUACUUCCUGCACCCGACACUACUGGACACUGUUCUUCAACUUGCCCUCAUUGCAUGCAAUGGUGGCUCCCUUGAUGGGCUUGUGGCCCGGGUCCCGACUCUGCUCGGGGAGGUCAGCAUGAGCUUGGCCCCAUAUGCUCCAGACGAGGCUGGGAUCAUUCGUGCCAAGGCUUCGGUAGUCGGACUUAAAAUGCACAGGGCAACCACAUACUUGUUCAAUCAGAAGAAACAGCCCGUGGUACAGUUUAAGGAUAUUGAAAUGACCGCCUUCAGCGCAAAUGAACGCAUGGAGGAUGUCCGCCAUCUUAUGGGACGCGUGCACUGGAAGCCCGACAUAACACAGAUAUCCGAAGAUUCCGUAUUUUCUUCUGGUCUCGCUCAUGUGCUCUCUAUGACUGAUCUCGGAGCUUUUGGGUCCCGCUCCUGGCUGCUAGCUGCCCUGGACAUGAUUGUCCACAAGAAGCCUGAUUCCAGGAUUCUGUGCCUCACAACCGACCUGUCUUUUGUAACCGUGGCUUGCUUGGAGGCCCUGGAGACCCCCGUAGUAUACCGACGUUUUGAGACAUUUUCAUUGGGUAGAAUAGGAUCCAAUGGAGCGCUGGAGGUUGCGGAAAUCCGCAAGUAUGCAGUGCCUUUAGGCCUUCGCUCUAUGGCUUACCGGAAGGCCACCUCGGAUGACCAGUACAACGUGUGCAUUCUGGGACAGGGAAGUGACCACGCAGUGUUGGGCCACCUGAAGAAGCAUACCAACGACUGCACCUUUUUUCUGGGUCCUUGCACACAAUUUUCGGCCCCAGUGCCCUCAUCGCACUUGCAACUGACGGAUCGCGAUCACGGUGUAUACGUUCUACGUCCCAAUCCCAACUUCACCCCACAAUUCAACCAUGUUGUUCUGAUCGGGGCUUCAUCUUCGGACGCGGAGCUAGCUAGUCAUUUGAGCAAAGAGUUGGACAGGCCGGUGCAGGCAUUGACGCUACGCGAUAUUCUCUCCUCACCCAUUCCGCCCCAAACCUUGGUCGUCUCGAUGAUAGAAAUGCACAAAUCCCUGCUGUCAGACCCAACGGCAGAGGAGUAUGAUGCAUUCAAGGAAUUAAUCGAGCAUGCUGCCCAUAUCUUCUGGAUUAGCGGAAGUGGUGUUUACAACGGAUUUGAUCCCACACGGUCUAUCUUUACCGGUCUGGCUCGGGCUCUCAUCGUCGAGCAGCCCUCUACCAGGAUCUUCUCUCUGGAAAUUGACCCAGCAACUGAAACGUCAGUGGUUUUCCGAUAUGUCCGCCAAAUUUUGCAGCAGAAGAAUGAAGUAGACUUUGAGUACAUUCGCGACGGCUCGCAGCUCCUGAUCAGCCGCGUUGUGCCCGACGAGCGAUUGAACCGUGAAUUCAGGAGACGACAAAACAGCAUUCCCAUUCCCAAGCCACUAGCUCAGGCUGACAACGCCUAUUUGUUAGUUCCGGAGCCAGGCCAACUAAACUCAGCAAAGUUUGUGCAACGGCCAUUAUCAUCCACGCUGCCAGCCGACCAUGUUCUUGUUAAGGUUGUAUGUGUGGGUCUCAAUGCCAAAGAUGUUUAUGUGAUGGCCGGUCGAGUGUCGACGAAAAAUGCCACCUGCAGUUCUGAGUUCACUGGGCAAAUUGUGGGGUUGGGUGCCGACGUGCAAUCAUUCGCGGUCGGCGAUCGAGUGGCAGUCAUGCAUAACGGUCACUUUGGCACCUACGAGCCGGUUCCUUGGUGGAGCUGUAUCAGGCUAGAGGAUAACGAAGACUUGGUCAUCAUGGCGGGCGUUCUCGUUGUGUUUUUCACGGCCGUGUACGCGCUCGAAUACCGCGCACGUCUCCAGCCCGCUGAGUCGAUUCUCAUUCACUCUGCUGCUGGUGCUGUCGGCAUUGCAACCAUCCAACUCGCUCGGCAUCUUGGGGUGGGCGAGAUUUACGCUACCGUGGGCAAUGAGGAAAAGAAGCGGUAUCUGGUAGAGCAAUUCGGGCUCCGUUCCGAGAACAUCUUUUCCUCGCGUGAUACCACGUUCGUGGAGAAGGUUAAAGUCCAAACUAGAGGCCGCGGUAUCGAUGUCAUUCUGAAUUCCUUGGUAGGAGACCUCCUCCACGAAAGCUGGAACUGCCUAGCCGACUGGGGGCGCUUUGUCGAGAUUGGUAAACGCGAUAUUCUUGACUGCGGUAAGCUCAACAUGACCACGUUUGCGCGCGGAACUACUUUCACGUCAUUCGACCUGAACAUGCUGAACGAGCCCGACACGCCCAUAGCGGCUCGCCACUUGAAGGGUACAAUCCUUGCGCGUGUUUUGCAGCUGGUCCGCGCAGGACACGUUCGGCCCGUUCAGCCCUUGGCCGUCUUCCCCGUCUCAGAACUGAGUGCAGCCUGCAACCACUUCAACAACGCCAAGCGGAUGGGUAAAAUCGUAAUUUCCUUUGAAGAUAAGACGCAGAUCGUUCCCACGGUUCCUGAGCUCUUCAGCACCGCUCUCAACCCAAAAAAAUCUUACCUAAUGGUCGGCUGUCUCGGCGGCCUCGGUCGAAGUCUAUCACGGUGGAUGAUGAGCCGGGGAGCCCGUCGCUUCGUAUUCCUCGGCCGCACGGGUUUAGCCAAACCAGCUGCCAGGCAAAUUGUCCAGGAGCUGGAAGAGGCUGGGGCCCGUUGUACCGUCGUAACCGGCGACGUCAUUGUGUACGAGGACGUCGAGCGCGCAGUAGCGGCAGCAGUUGCUGAUGCGCCUCUAGGGGGGGUGAUUCAGGCCGCUAUGGGCCUCCACGAAGCCAUCUUUAAGCACAUGCCUCGCCAGCACUGGCUCACAGGCACGCAAGCCAAGGUGCGCGGAACAUGGAAUCUUCACCAAGCCCUGGGCAAACUCAAGUGCGAGUCCGCUCUGGAUUUCUUCCUUCUGACCAGCUCGGUCGCUGGGCAGAUUGGCACAGCCACUGAAGGCAACUAUUGCGCUGCAAACCACUUCCUGGACGUGUUUGCUCGCUAUCGCCGGAGUCUGGGGCUGCGCGCUAUCUCCCUCGGAUUGGGCGCUAUAUCCGAGGUCGGAUACCUCCACGAGCACAGCGAAAUCGGCGAGCUCCUCCUUCGCAAGGGCAUCCGCCCACUCCCUGAGAAUGAAGUCCUCCAAGUCAUCGACUUUGCCCUCUCGUCCGAGAUCGAUCAAGAGAAAACCGUCCCUCGGGAUCGCCUCGCACAAUGCCACAUUCUAACUGGUAUCGAAGACACCGGACUUCAAGACCACCGCAAGCAAGGCUUUACAGGUUUCUGGCACAAUCUAGACAACACUCGCUUCUCGGUACUCAUCAACGCCCUGCAACGCCAGACAUCCCAGUCGGAAGGCGGAAUUAACACCCCUGCUUCGGUAAUUCAAACUGUACUGGCGUCAGGCGAUGAGAAGCAACUACGCGAAGCGGUGGUUCAGGCAGUGGCGAAGAAGAUGUCAAACAUUAUUCUAUUGCCGCUACCGAAGUUGGAUUUGAAGUUGCCAUUGAGUGAGUAUGGCAUGGAUAGUAUGUUGUCAGCGGAGCUAAGACAGUAUAUAUUCAAUUCGAUGGGUGUGGAUAUCCCGUUUUUGACAUUGAUGGAUUCGGCGACGUCGGUGUUGAGCAUUGCUGAGAUCGUGGUGGGUGAAUUGGGGAAAAUGAUGGGGAAGGUGGCGGAAUAGAGUGUUCUCGCAUUUGAAUAUUUUAUGAUAGCAAUUCUUCUCUCCAAAGUGAUGCAGCAAUCUUGAAUUUAACGACUGAACUUCGAGGGUGAGAGAGCAGAAUAGUGCAUUCUCUCG